AUGUCCGCUGAAUAUAAUCGAAAAAAGAUUCGUCUAAAAAAGCAAUGGUCGUACAUAAGUGCAGCAUUGAAAAUCGUUCAAUUAACUCAACAAACAGAGAAACGACGAUUUCUACUGGAAACAAUUAUGAAAUCCGAUUUAGAUAUAUUCAAUCGACUGCUUGACGAUGAUCUUUCACUAGUCGAUUGUCCGAUACCAGUUGGUUAUAAUCAUUUCAAUAUCUAUCAAAUUAUUCUCGAAAGAUCGACAGAGACAUUUAUCGGAAAUGUUCUAACAAAAUAUUUCGAUAUUAUCAGCCGUUCAACCGAUAAUGGUAAAUUACUUGUACCAGUUGCAUGUGAAAGAGGCGAUGAAAAUAUUCUAAAAUUGAUUUUGGAACAUUUUCCUUGCGCACCACUUGACGGUAUCAGUAAUUCAACACAAUCUUGCCAUUAUCUUCUACAUCAUGAACCAUGUCACUUACUUCAACGUGAGAUUGAAGCAUAUGAGAAUGAGAUACCUUUAGCAUCAGUCAUUCGAAAUGAUCGUGUAGAUCUUUUACAAGUCUUAGUUAAAUUCAAAUCAUUUACAUUGGAUACUCUUACUCAUCAACAAAAGCAGCAAAUCUUCCAUCUUUGUUUGUUAGCUGAACAUCGACAAGUGACUAUUGACAAAUACAACAUCAAAUGGUUUAAACAUCAGUCUCUUCGUCCAUGUGGUUCCAUCGAAUGUUUACGUUUUCUAAUUGAAUCUACUGACUUCAGCGCACUAGACGAUCUGCCAUAUCAAUCACCAUUUAUUCUCAUUCUUGACCCUGUUUAUCUAUAUUUGAUUCAAUUAUACAAUAAACAAUUAAUUGAUUUACAAACGAAAUUUCAUCCACGCCUUUUACGAGCAUUGUAUGAUCUGAUUGAGAAACAAAUACAAUUAUUUACCUAUUUGAUUACACAUUGUGCGUUUGAGCCAGUAGAAGCGGAUUUGAUACGAUUGAAUGAAUGUAUCCAUUAUGUGGAAGAAAUUUUUCAUGAAACCAAUGAAUAUCGUCCUGUGAAACGAAUCUUAUUCCGACUUAAUACUUUAUUAAACAAAAUUAAUGAGGCAAAUCAAAAUCGAUGUUUAUCAUUGAAACAAAUAUGUCGAUUAAAAAUUCGGAACUGCACUCGGAAGAAACAUUGUUUACUUGUGCAGAAGUUAAUUUUUCUUCAGUUUUUGUGA